GUUGAGGCCGAGGUGAGAGCUUGCAUUGCCGGAGCUUUCCUGCCACCGUCGGAUGUUUUGCGUCCUGGAGAGCUUGAGAGCAUUGAUAAGGCCAUUACUGAGGCCCGACGACAAAUCCAGGAACCUUCCGAAGCACCUGCUGCUGCUGCCGUGAGCAAGGAAGAGGAGGAGUGGCGUCAAUACAUCUUGAGCGGCCACCUCCCCUAUCGCCGCGACUGCAAGGCGUGCAUCCUCGGGAGCGGGGUUGGCCUCCAACAUCGGAAGGUUAAGGCCCCGGCAUCUUUUGCCUUGUCUUGUGACCUUCUCGGUCCGUUGCCCGAGAAGGGGCUCUCGGAAGAUUGUAUCGCUUCCCGACCUCGACACAGAUAUGCCUUGGUGGCGGCCUACAGGGCACCGUCGGAGCUUUUGGAGAAGGGAGGCUGGAUCGGCGCCAGGAAAUCCAUCGAGGAUCUCUUCGCCAAGGAUCUGCUUGAUCAAAUGGCCAAGGAGGGCAAGGACCUUCGAGGAAUCCCUCCAAUUCCUGAGCAUGAUGUCAGUCCUGCCGAGGAGGACCACCGUCUGGAGGAGGAAGUCCAAGACGUUUUCUCCUGGCCAGAGGAGGAGGAAGGGGCGCCUGAGAUAUCAUUAACCUUGGAUACCGUGACCGUGGAAGUUGAAAAUGAGGAGGAAGGGGGUCUGUGGGAUGAAGAGGCCUUGCGAACGACUGUCAAACAGCUGGAAAGCCCUGUACCUCAAACCGUCCUUCGUUUUGUCCGCCCGAUUCCCUCGAAACACUUCACGGCCAUCCUGCCUGCCAUCCACUCCAUCAUCUCCGAAAUAGAGCGCAUCGGUCUACCCGUUCGUUCUUUGCACACCGACCAAGAUAUCCCUGUCAUCCAUUGGCCCUCGGCGAUGCAGUAUGCUGCUUCCUUGCAUCAACACCGAGUACUGGGAACAUCACCUCCGGCCUACUUCGGGCAACGAGUGCUGUUUAAGAGGCCUGUCCUUCCUGGCAACCUGAAGCCCUGGAAUCCCUGGUCCCAGGGGCGAUACCUGUCACCGUCCAACAUCGUCACCGAUGGGCAUGUUGUCUUGAAUGAUGAGGGGAAACUUGUGACGGUCCGGAACAUCCGGGCAAACCCAGUCGAUCCCGAGAAAGAAGUCCUGGAUAUGCCUGGCGUUGCUGCCGACUUUGGGUCCGAGUCCAAGCAAGACGACAUUCCUUCAUAUGUCGUGCCAACAGAGCCCUCCGAAGAACGAUACCAACCACCAGUACGCCGGGUUGUAGGAAAGUCGACCAACCAAGUCCCUUUGCCGAAGGCCCUAGAGUUCGCCCUGACCCACUUCACCUUAGCACAGAUCCAGCGGAGCCUCCUGUCCCUGCGCCUAGAAGGGGAGAGGCCCGAGCUUACCCGAUACCUCAAUGCCUUUCUGCAACACUCUCUCGGAGACUGCGAGCAUCCGUCCGGAACUCCUCCCACAUGGGUUGCCCUUGCUGUGUUCCGCGCGCGAGAGGUCUCUCCUCAUCGUGACCUUCAAAACGAGAUUGGGUCUUGGAACCAUGCCGUCCAUGUGAAGUGCCCUACCUUGUGGGCUGAGAGUACUCAAGACUCUAACCCGGUCUUUGGAGGAGGAAAGCAAGAGGAAAGCGAGGUCAAGGUUACUUCCGAAAGGGUUUUAGCCGGGAGGGAGGUUCAGUUUCUAGAAGGGGCUGUCACCUUCAAUGCCAGAAAGUGGCAUGCCGUGCCUGCAAGUUCAGAUUGGGUCGUUGCGGGUUUCACACCACUGGGAUGGGACCGUGACCUUUCUGAUGCCCUUAAAGGUUUUGGGUUCCCUGUGCCCUCACCGGUGAGGAUUGCAAUGAUCCAGGGAGGAGGGACAUCCUCGAGCUCGGGAGAACUUGGUUCCGACCUGCAAGGCGACAGUGCCGCUACCUCUGGCAUAUCGGGAACAGGUUCCACCCAAGCCUCGAUUCAAGUGUCCUCGCUUGGCUCAACUCCUGAAGAGGGCAUCGAGCUACCUGACAGGCUUGGUGCCAUCAAUGACCCCGACUUAGUUAGGGCCCUGGUUACCCUAAACCUCCAACACCGAGUAGAGGGGUUAGAGGCCUUGGGAGUUGAGGUUGCAAGGGACAUGCUUUAUGUGUACCCAGAAGACUUGCUGGAGGAAGGCUGGUCUCACGUGGAAACCAGACUUUUCCGUGAGUUGGUUCUGCGGAAUCUUGAGCAAGGGCCCACCACUGAUGCACGUCCUAGUGGUCCAACACCUGCGACCCCGGCUCAGGCUGGGGUACGAGCCAUUGGAGGAAAUGGUUCACGACCUACCUUCAUCCAGGAGAUCCGGCAAAGAAGGCAUCAGAGAGCAGCGGAGGAACGAGCUUCCAAUGUUUCUGAUGAUGCCACGGCCGGGUCGUCCGAACCGCCAGAAGGACGACCAGAUCCUCGGGUGACACCAGCUAUCAUCGAAGCACCGGCCCAAGAGGCAUUCGAUGAGAUCCAGCAGUGGACCCCAAUUCCGCUUGAGGUUCUGCGACUUGCUGAGGAGCUUGGUUCCGAGGCGGAUUUGGUGGCGCGACCUAGUGACAUCGAAUAUGCCAACAACACGUUCGAUGAUAUGGUUCGGGGGUACUUUUGGAAUCGGAAUGGGUUGCAUCCCAUCGUCGCUCGCCUGGCCCUGAGAACCUUCGCCAGACACCGCUGUGAUGUCCUGGGCCUGUCAGACCGUCACCCUGAUGAGGAAGCCCAGGAGGAGUCAACGCUUGAGACUCCGGUGAUCCGAAUGGCCCUGCAUGACCACGAAGACCUUGAAGAACCCCCUCUGGCCAAUGCGCAUUCCUCAUGUUCGAGCCGGAUCCCAGCUGCCUUGCUUUCGCCUGCCUACAUCAUCCUUCAGCAAGGUGUUCAGUUUCCUAAAGAGGUAGACCAGGUGCCACAUGUCUUGACAGGAGGGAGGCGGAAGCUCUGCAAGGAAGGCCUCCGAACCACUCCAGUGGCACCUGCCGAGGACCUGCGGGCCGCGCUCGUCGAGGCAUCCCACAACCAGUGGGGUGCCUAUGGCACCGAUGUGGCCACAGCGUUCCUCCUUGCACCUUUAGGAUCACAGGCGAAGGGACGAAAAUACAUCUUGAGGCCUCCGCAAAUCCUGAGGGACCUAGCCCUCGCCGAGGAGGGCGAGUACUGGGUUGUCCGUAAAGCAAUAUACGGAUUAAGGGAGAGUCCACGAUGGUGGUCCGAAUACCGCGACCAGGCUUUGAAGGGGGUCAAGACAGUGGAUCCGACCACAGGGGAGCUCCUAACCCUGGAACAGGGCCAGGUCGAUGCUAACAUCCUUCGCAUCAAAGGGGUGGGGGGUGAGACGCUGGGUCUGAUGAUCCUCUACGUCGACGACGUGCUCUUUCUCACGACAAAGUCAAGAGCUCGAGCCAUCUACGACUACAUCAGGACAUCCUUGCAUUGGGAACUGGAUCCACUUAAGCAGGCAACUGAGGAGGAGCCCCUAAAGUUCCUUGGGGUGAACAUACGACCACUGCCCAAGGCCCCCGGCAAGGAGCCGGGCUUCUCCCUGGAGCAGACUGCCUACAUCGAGGAAGUGUUGCACGCGCAUGGGUUUUCUGGCGCUGAUGCCCUGAAGCGUGCGCAGAAAAUCACAGGUCUAGCAGCAUGGGUGGCAUUGCUGAUGUCGUAUGCUGGGGUGAUUUACGGUCAAGAGCAGCAUGAAGGCCAAGCACCUCCGCCUCCACCACCACUUGUGCAUGAGGAUCCGCCCGGGGUCUCGGAUGACACAUGGCUGUAUGUGCUUCGCUUCUUCUUUUCCGACUUGUGGUUCAAAGGCAUGCAGCACGUUAUGAGUGCCCAAUCCGCUUCGGCGGUGCGGGGCUCCGCUACAGGGCCUCUGAUGAAUGGUCGCGGGCACCAGUCGUCGGUGGCGCCAAGCUAUGGGGCUGCUUCUGAAGCUGGGUCUACAAGUGGUGUGGGCUUGGAUGCUGGGAGCAGUUUGCCGCAGGACACGAGGAUGGCCUCCGGCUGCAGAUCUGGCAAUGAUCUGCAGCAGGGGUCCAUCCCUGGCUCUGGAGGUGGUGGUACAGCUACACCUUUGGAGGUUGUGAAUGACCUGAGGGCGGCAACCGAUGGGGGCGAGGCCCCAGAUACCGGUUUGCCCCCUGGAGCAGGCAACAACAGUUCAGAACUACCCGAAACACCUUUGGAGAGUGCACGGCGAGCUGUAGGACAGAUCUGGCAAGCGGUGCAGGUGGCCGCUGGACACCCUGCUAUGGCUUCCCGACCUCCUCUGAACGAAGGAGGAGAGUCUGGGGAAGUGGAAACGUAUCUGAGUGCUGGCUGGGAUGGGUCACGGGAUGAUUCGAGGUCUCCCUCUCCACCACGUGGGCCUCCCCCCGCUCCAGCCGAGGUGAUGUUGCAGCAGCCACUGUUUCCACCUGAAGUCCUGAGCCAGAUUGAGACGAUGAAUCGCGAGGCCUGA